AUGAGACUACUGCUACUACCAAUAACUUAUCCUGCCGCCGCCGAACCACCAUAUGAGCCAGAGCCUCGCGUGAAGGACCUCACCAUGGCCCUAGGCUGUACUGGCUCAUGGCUCCAUGUCUUCACCUCCCUCCUCGUCCUCCAUGCGCAAAAGUCCCUGGGACAUCCUUCCCCACCGACCAAUACUACGUUCCAUGAUGACUUGCCUGGGUCGCAAGUCAUCUGUACGUCGGCAAACUGGUACGAUAUCGUUUGGUUCUUCUUUGCCAACUACAUCAUGCACGCCCUGUCAGUGCGCUCAAUGCCCGGAGAGAACAUGUUCACGUCCAUUGUCUUCAAAUUCUGCUGUCUCAUGGUUCCUUACACGGGUCUUCGACGGGGUCUGUGUCUGUUAUCCAGGGCGGCCAACCUCGUCAGGAACGACCUUCAAGCCGCCGCACGUGCCAACACGCUAUGUACCAUUGUUCGCAGUGAAGAAUGGAAGCCUAUCGAUGGGGCUGAAGUCCAUGGCUGCGAGGUGGAGAAGAUCAAGUACGCGGCUCCGACGGAGAUAAAAGCACAAGAGUCGGAGGUUAAGACACAAAUAACAUGCGAUGACUCGUCAUUUCGUGAUCAUGAAAAGAAAGAUUGGGCAGAUGGCGCUCUGAGCGAUGAGAAAGAGCAAGACCAGAAGCCGACUACGUCUAACAUACAAGCGAGGACGGAAGAGGUCAAGGCCGAUUUUGGCGAGAUCAAAGAGGUGGCUACCUCCGAUUCAAUCGAAGACCUGGACGAUGGUUCAGGCACUAUCUGCUUUCAAAUUCUUGAUACUUACAAACCUAUUCUGCAAAGGGGUUUCUUGGAGAAAUUGUACAAAAUUUUUGUACAGACACACAAGUUCGGCAGACAUGCGCUCGGUACAGGACCUCCCGUCGAUCCAGACUACGUCAAGAUUCAUGGCAUGUGCAAACUCGCACCGGGCUACAAGCUGGUCUCCAUACCCGAAGAUGUUAAGGUGUAUCCCAAAGGCGACCCACCAGCACGCCCUAGCCUUUCCACGGCGCUCCGAAACAACGACUUCAACACUGUCCUCAAAGCGAUGACAUCCCAAACGAAGCUUGCCUCCACUCAAAACGCGCCACGCAUCAUCUUCUCCCUCUCCCAGACUAUCAGUGGUGGGUGGGCUCUUUACCGUGCGCAAGGGGCGCAAAUCGAUCGGUUUGGCUACGCGGCCUAUGGCCUCACUGUCCUCCCCUACAUGAUCGUCUCGACCGUGAACUUCCUCGGCAGUCUAUUGACGAAAGAGUAUGAUAUGCUGUACAUGGUGCACUCAUCGAUAAUGGACGAAAUGAUUUCACAAGGGGGAGCGAUAGAUGGUAUGGUUGGCACAAUCGAACCGACAGAGGGUGGCGAAAUCGAUGAGCCUCAGAUACCUGCUCUCAAUGCUGUCGUGGGAAAGGAAGAGCCAAUAUUGCCAGAAGGUCGUACCCUUCGCUUUCAAACCAACUCUGAAGAGCAGAUCGCCUACAAAACUACGGAUGCGGACGCGAGCUGGUCACCCACAUUGUCCAUAAAAAAACCCAUACAUACACAACAGGUGAACUCCAUGGUGCUCGUGGCAAAUCUCUGGCGUCGCUACAAACAGUGGCGGAAACGCAGUCGCAAUAGCGACCAGCCCAAAUACCCGCCCAACAGCACCGUCAUCUCCGUCCCUUCUCACGGCCCUCUGACUCGCGUUCCUCCGCCCUUCUACGACCCUUUUCUCCACGUGGUAUGCCUCGCCUUACUCAUCGCAGCCUUCGCAGUGCCAUUUAUCGUGAUUACGGUGCUCACUGGCUGGCAAGCGCGGCAGAGUCAGUCAAGAGAUAGGAAUUUCAUAUUGAAUUGGAUCAUCUAUGGGAUGGUACUGGGAUACGUCGCUGGGACCGUUGAGCAGGCUUCUGACAAUAAGAAACUACUCAAGAAACUGGCGAUCGUAUUUUUGUCUUACGGGAGUUAUUGUAUCUCUGGUUUUGUCUCUGUUGUUAGUGAGAUGAUUGUGGGUGGAAGCUGUACUGCUGUGGGGUGA